GCUUACGAUUUUUCUUAAACUCCUUAAUUACUAGUUUCAUUCUUUUUUUUCCCUCCAAAAUUAUGUAAUUGAAUUCUUACGAAAACAAAAAAAAAGGAUCUACUUUUUGUUCGUAAGUUCAGAUCUUAACUUUCAAGUACCGUACAUGGUCAGUUUCCAACUUUUCCAAAGUUUAGGGAACUUCUACCAACCUUAACCAUCGUCAGAAAAGACCAAGAGAUCUUCCAAAUCCAUUAUUGUACUUUUACUUUAUCUUCAUUUUACCCCAUAAUUUAUUAUAUACACAUUUUUAGCCCACUGACAUAUAAUUUCUGACUUUUCUUCCAUUGAUUUUUUGUAGAAUGAACAAAAUCAACUUGUUCUUUACUUUCUUUCUUUUUUUUGUGUAAGCAGGAUGAUGAGAAAUUAGCAGCAGCGAGACAAAAAGAGAUCGAAGAUUGGUUACCAAUUACUUCAUCAAGAAAUGCAAAGUGGUGGUACUCUGCUUUUCACAAUGUCACCGCCAUGGUCGGUGCCGGAGUUCUUGGACUCCCUUACGCCAUGUCUCAGCUCGGAUGGGGACCGGGAAUUGCAGUGUUGGUUUUGUCAUGGGUCAUAACACUAUACACAUUAUGGCAAAUGGUGGAAAUGCAUGAAAUGGUUCCUGGAAAGCGUUUUGAUCGUUACCAUGAGCUCGGACAACACGCGUUUGGAGAAAAACUCGGUCUUUAUAUCGUUGUGCCGCAACAAUUGAUCGUUGAAAUCGGUGUUUGCAUCGUUUAUAUGGUCACUGGAGGCAAAUCUUUAAAGAAAUUUCAUGAGCUUGUUUGUGAUGAUUGUAAACCAAUCAAGCUUACUUAUUUCAUCAUGAUCUUUGCUUCGGUUCACUUCGUCCUCUCUCAUCUUCCUAAUUUCAAUUCCAUCUCCGGCGUUUCUCUUGCUGCUGCCGUUAUGUCUCUCAGCUACUCAACAAUCGCAUGGGCAUCAUCAGCAAGCAAAGGUGUUCAAGAAGACGUUCAAUACGGUUACAAAGCGAAAACAACAGCCGGUACGGUUUUCAAUUUCUUCAGCGGUUUAGGUGAUGUGGCAUUUGCUUACGCGGGUCAUAAUGUGGUCCUUGAGAUCCAAGCAACUAUCCCUUCAACGCCUGAGAAACCCUCAAAAGGUCCCAUGUGGAGAGGAGUCAUCGUUGCUUACAUCGUCGUAGCGCUCUGUUAUUUCCCCGUGGCUCUCGUUGGAUACUACAUUUUCGGGAACGGAGUCGAAGAUAAUAUUCUCAUGUCACUUAAGAAACCGGCGUGGUUAAUCGCCACGGCGAACAUCUUCGUCGUGAUCCAUGUCAUUGGUAGUUACCAGAUAUAUGCAAUGCCGGUAUUUGAUAUGAUGGAGACUUUAUUGGUCAAGAAGCUAAAUUUCAGACCAACCACAACUCUUCGGUUCUUUGUCCGUAAUUUCUACGUUGCUGCAACUAUGUUUGUUGGUAUGACGUUUCCGUUCUUCGGUGGGCUUUUGGCGUUCUUUGGUGGAUUCGCGUUUGCCCCAACCACAUACUUCCUCCCUUGCGUCAUUUGGUUAGCCAUCUACAAACCCAAGAAAUACAGCUUGUCUUGGUGGGCCAACUGGGUAUGCAUCGUGUUUGGUCUUUUCUUGAUGGUCCUAUCGCCAAUUGGAGGGCUAAGGACAAUCGUUAUUCAAGCAAAAGGAUACAAGUUUUACUCAUAAACGCUAUGUAAUUCCACUAAUUAAGAAACAUAUCUUUAUAUUAAUAUAUGUGUGAAGAAGUUUUUAAGAGAUCAACACGAGACAUUUAUAGAAGAAUCAAUGGUCUGGUCUGAAUCUAAAUGUAGCUUUUAGGGUUUGUAUUUUCGUGUGUGUUAUAUAUAUUAUAUAAAACAAUAAUAUUUUGCUCAAAUAGGUUUUC